AUGGCACGUCUCGCAGCGCUCGCUGCAACGGGCUUCGCUCUGCUCACGCGACUCACAUCGGCGGUCGCGACGCAGGCGGACAUCGAGUCCCCGGAAUACGCCACCUUAUCGCUCUCUGAGCACCCGCACUAUGCAAUCCGUAUCAAGGAGCAGAGCGACGAGAUUUGCGCCGCGGGGUCCCGGCAGUGGACUGGAUGGCUGGACACCGGCGGCAAGCAUCUCUUCUUCUGGUACUUUGAGAGUCUGAACGACCCGCAGAAUGACCCCCUCAGCCUUUGGAUGACAGGCGGACCCGGUGGCAGCGGUCUCGUGGGAAUGAUGCUCGAACUCGGGCCCUGCCUCAUCAACCCCGACGGCACAGGCACCGUUCACAACCCCUACGCCUGGAACUCCAACUCGUCCAUGAUCUUCAUCGACCAGCCCGCCGGCACAGGCCUCUCCUACCACGACCCGGACGUCCCGCAGCCCGCGACGUCCUCCCUCGCCGCCGAGGACAUGAACGUCUUCCUCCGCAUCUUCUACACCGCCUUCCCGCACCUCGUCGAGCUCCCCUUCCACAUCGUCGGCGAGAGCUACGGCGGCCACUACAUCCCGGCCCUCGCGGCCGAGAUCGUAAAGUACAACACCGAGGUCCCCGCCCCGCGCUUCAAGAUCCCGCUCGCCUCCGUCAUGAUCGGCAACGGCUUCGUCAGCCCGGCCGACACCACCUGGGGCUACCACGAGACGCUCUGCACCACGAAGCCCGGCGUGCCGGAGCCCGUCUUCAACGCGAGCACGUGCGCGCUCAUGGCGGAGGCGCUGCCGCGGUGCAUGUACCUCCAGCGGGCGUGCUACGCGUACCCGGACCCGAUCGUGUGCGGCGCGGCGGGGGAUUUCUGUUUCAGGCACGUCGACGACCUGUACUACCGCGACGUCAAGGCCGGCGGGCGGAACCCGUUCGACAUCACGGCGCCGUGCGAGACGGAGUCGAUCUGCUACAAGGCCGGGGACGGGAUCGAGGACUACGUCAAGAGCGACGCGGUCUGGGGCGCGCUGGAGGUGCCGGCGGCGGUGUCCAGGGAGGGGUUCAGCCUCAUCUCGAUGGAGGUCAACCGCGCGUUCGAGAAGGCGGGCGACGUGUUCCUGAGCACGGAGGCGGAGGUGCGGUACAUACUCGAGCGGGGCGUCGACGUGCUGAUCUACAACGGGGACCUGGAUCUCGCGUGCAACACGGCGGGCAACGUGCGGUGGACGGAGAGGCUGGCGUGGGCCGGGCAGGUGGAGUUCAACGCGAAGGAGUUUGCGGCGUGGUUCGCGCCGAAGGGGGGAGAGGUGGUGAAGGCGGGACGGUGGAAGGAGGUGAGGAAGAGGUUGGGGGGCAGGGAGACGCGGUUCGCGUUUGUGACGGUGGAGGGGUCUGGGCAUAUGGUUCCUCUGGACCAGCCUGAGGUCGGGCUUGAGAUGGUGAGGAAGUGGAUGUUUGGGAGCUUUGAGGAGGCUGCGAAGGGGGGGAUGAGGGUUCAGGAGGAUGGGCAGUGGUCUUUGGAGUUGUAG